CAUUUUAACAGUACCGCUUCCUUCCGAAAAAGAGACCCACCUCUUGAAUUUUAUUGACGCAAAACCAGACGAACUGAGGACGGUGCUGGUUUUCAUCGACCGAGACGCCAGGUGUUGAGAUCGCCAAUGGCAUAGCAAAGGAGGGUGGAUGGAUGCUGUCGGUUCUUGACGUCAUGGUGUGGAAGAGAUAGGGGGAGGAGUGACUUUGUGAUUCUGCUGCAGCGGAGAAUGACAUGAGGAUGAGAGAGAUAGCGACAGGCGAACGGGGAGGCUUGUUUAUUAUAGGGGCGAAAUAAAGCAUUUUGAAAGGGACGUGGAAUUUUAAAACAACAAUGGGGAGGAACGACUGAAUACACGACGGCCACACAGGGACAGUCCUCUGCACUGCAUCGCCCUCAUCUGCGGGACUAUGGACUAGAGAGAGCGCCCUGACGUCAGAGACAGCCAUGCCUGCGCGGAGGCAGCUCACAACCCCUCAGUGAAUAAAGGGAACAUGAUCCAGUAAAAGCCUGGCGACCACAGAGGCUACGGCUGCUCACUGGGCAGCAUAUCCACAUGGUCACAUGACUCUGGACAUGGACGCGGUCCUGUCAGACUUUGUUCGGUCCACAGGGGCAGAACCUGGUCUGGCAAGAGACCUGCUGGAAGGUAAAAACUGGGAUGUGAGCGCGGCUCUCAGUGACUUUGAGCAGCUCCGGCAGGUUCAUACAGCCAACCUGCCACAGGUCUUCAACGAGGGCCGCUACUACAAGCCCCCUGAGCGGGAUACGCCCCAACACCUGGCCAAGGUGGAGCGUCCGUGCCAGAGGCAGGAGGACAAUGCUCAAGAGAAGCGCCUGUCGCGGGGCAUCUCCCACGCCAGCUCGGCCAUCGUGUCCCUGGCGCGCUCGCACGUGGCCAGCGAGUGCAACAGCGAGCAGCUGCCCCUGGAGAUGCCCAUCUACACCUUCCAGCUGCCCGACCUCAGCGUGUACAGCGAGGACUUCCGCUGCUUCAUCGAGAGGGACCUCAUCGAGCAGUCCACCAUGGUGGCCCUGGAGCAGGCCGGUCGACUGAACUGGUGGUCCACCAUGUGUACCAGCUGCAAGCGUCUUCUUCCACUGGCCACCACGGGGGACGGGAACUGCCUACUGCACGCUGCAUCCUUGGGGAUGUGGGGUUUCCAUGACCGGGACCUGGUUCUGAGGAAGUCUCUGUAUGCGAUGAUGAAGAGUGGGGCAGAGAGAGAGGCUCUGAAGAGGAGGUGGAGAUGGCAGCAGACCCAGCAGAACAAGGAGUCAGGGCUGGUGUACACGGAGGAGGAGUGGGAGAGGGAGUGGAACGACCUUCUGAAACUGGCGUCCAGUGAGCCACGCACACACUUCAGCAAGAACGGCAAUGCCAGUGGGGGUGUGGAUAACUCGGAGGACCCGGUUUAUGAGAGCUUGGAGGAGUUCCAUGUGUUCGUUCUGGCCCACGUCCUGCGCAGGCCCAUUGUGGUGGUGGCUGACACCAUGCUCCGAGACUCCGGUGGAGAGGCGUUUGCUCCUAUACCAUUUGGAGGCCUGUACCUGCCACUGGAGGUUCCCCCCAACCGCUGCCACUGCUCUCCUCUGGUCCUGGCCUAUGACCAGGCCCACUUUUCCGCCUUGGUGUCCAUGGAGCAGAAGGACCAGCAAAGAGAACAAGCUGUCAUCCCUCUGACUGACUCUGAACACAAGCUGCUGUCCCUUCACUUUGCUGUGGACCCAGGGAAGGACUGGGAGUGGGGGAGGGAUGAUAAUGACAAUGCCAAGCUUGCCAAUCUCAUCCUGUCCUUGGAAGCCAAACUCAACCUUCUGCACAACUACAUGAAUGUAACAUGGAUUCGAAUCCCAUCGGAAACAAGGGCCCCUCUGGCUCAGCCUGAGUCUCCCACGGCGUCGGCAGGAGAGGACGUGCAGUCCCUGGCUGACUCCAUGGACUCAGACCGUGAGUCCGUCUGCAGCAACUCCAAUGUCAACGGCGGCAAGCCGGGCAAGGAGAAGGACAAGGACAAGCAGCGCAAGGACAAGAACCGCACGGACUCCGUGGCCAACAAGCUGGGGACCCUCAGCAAGUCCCUGGGGAUCAAGCUGAAGAAGAACAUGGGGGGCCUGGGGGGGCUGGUCCAUGGGAAGAUCAGCAGAUCCAACUCGGGCAGCGGCGAGAAGGUCAAGAAGAAGGACUCCAAAACCCGCAAGGGGAGCAAGGAGGAGUCGGGGCAGUCUGCCAGCACGUCUUCAUCGGAGAAGGCCACAAGCCCUUCCCCCACGGACAGGGCGUCAGGCUCCUCCCCCGUGGACAAGCAGGGCGGCUCGGGCAAGGCGUCGGGCGACAAGGCGACGGACCAGUGGAAAUACAGCACGGACGUCAAGCUGAGCCUCAACAUCCUGCGGGCGGCCAUGCAGGGCGAGAGGAAGUUCAUCUUCGCCGGUCUGCUGCUGACCAGCCACCGACACCAGUUCCACGAGGAGAUGAUCAGCUUCUACCUGAGCAGCGCCCAGGAGCGCUUCAGCGCAGAGCAGGACCAGAAGAGGAAGGAGGCGGAGAAGAAGCCCCCAGCCAAUGGGACGACCCUGAAGAAGCCCGAGCAGGAGAGCGCCAUCCAAAAGGAGCGGUCGGAGAGGUCAGACAGCUCCCCCAAUGAGGGCUGCUCCCCGGUCCUGCACCAAAGCCAUAACUCCCAGCUGGCCCUGAAGAUCCAGGAGAGGCAGAGCCCCACGCCCGCCCCCUUCUCCUCCCCAAGCAAUGGUGCUAAGAGGGCGGGGCCCGUCCCCGUGUCCGCCCACUAUAGCCAUACCCCGCCCAUUCAGAGGCAGAGCGUCAUUCACUUGCGAGACGUCAACCUGCAGUCGUCCAACUUCCAGGAUGAUCCCUACAAGCCCGCGGUGGGCACCCUAAAGACCUGCGCCACCUACCCCCAGCAGAACCGCUCCCUGUCCUCCCAGAGCUACAGCCCCGCCCGCAUGUCGGGGGUCCGCACCGCCGAGACGGCCGAGUCCCUGUCCUACAACAUGCCCGGGGAGCACAAGUCGCACACCUACACCAACGGCUUCAACGCCAGCGACGUCCGGGACUGCCUGGCGUUCGCCGACGAGGACUCCCCCCGGGGGUGGCUGAGCCACGACAAAACCAAAGGCCGCAGCGCCCUCUACUGCCCGCAGCAGAAGCGCUGCAGGAGGGAGAACUGCUCCUUCUACGGGCGGCCCGAAACGGAGAACUACUGCUCCUACUGCUACAGGGAGGAGCUGAAGCGCAGGGAGAGGGAGAGACCUGGAUAGCCCACGCUGCCUUGCCAGCCGGAGAGAGGCUAACCAGCUGGCCCUCAGCAACCAUCGCAGAUGUCCUCGGAGAGAGAAACAAAAAGACGACCAUCUUCGCUCCACGAAUAACCAGAUAACUGCAAAGCAUAGACCAGAACAAAUUUCCUACUCCUGUUUAAGAGCAGUUUUGCUUUUAUUAUUGUUACCUUUCUCUCAAUAUCGAAAGGUCAAUGUUACUUGAUAACAAGGGCGGGGCAGACUGAAAUCAGCCCACAGCUUUGGCCACAGGUUUUUCACUACCCAUCACCACAUUUUUACCUGAAUGCAGUUGUUUAAGUGGUUGGAGAGCUCAGUUCUUUGCUGGUUGCCCUUAAGCCAUAUUGCAAAAUCAUAACGUUGUAGGAAAGAUCAAAUGAUGAAGCAUAUGCACGGCUUCUCACGGGUCAAAAUAAAGAGAAAGUUCUAAUCAAAUGAAAUGCAAUACUGUACAGACCAGACCUUAAAGUCUCCAAAUAGAAAAAUAUUGCUCCCCUGUUUGUCCAAAAAAUGUUACACAGAGGCAAAUGCACAGGCAAUGAGUGACAUUAAAAAAGCAAUAAGUUUAUCGAUGUCAGCAAACUUUUUCUAAAUUUGUCUAUGCAUUUGCGCAAUUGGGUGUUUUUUCUCCUUGAUUAAGGGAUUUGAAUCACAGCCUCUAACUGGCUUCGUUAAAAUGUCUUAUGAAUCUUCUGCAGAAGAUGCAAGUCUGUUGGAAUGAAAGUCAAAGCCAUUUAGUUUCUUGUUUGUGGGUUAACAUCCCAUAGCUCAGUACUGUGGGCCAUAUUCGAGUAGAGGACUUUGUGGUGAAAGGUAUAUGUGAUGUAAUAAGAUGUCUUCCUCACUCACUAGCAUUCACACGCUGGCAUUAAUCUACAAUGGCACAGUUCCCGCUUAUCAAGCCAAAAUUAUUUUGACAGGAAAAAUAUGAUGUGCCAAAAACACCAACCAAAAAUAAACAGGCAGACAAAAAGAAUGUCCUCCAUCGUUCUCAGGUACUCAAAACUGAGAAGCAGCUUCCUUGGAAAAUGAAUAUAACUGACUGAAUCAGUGAAGUCGGAAUGACCACGGAAAGCCGAAAUGAUUAAAUAAAUAAAGAUUUCCACCUCAUUCCCUCUGCCCACUGUAGACACACCGUAGUACAUUCCGUCCGCCAUCGCUCGGACGUCAGAGUCAGGGAUGAUCGCCAUUCAUUGGCAGUCUUUCGCUGUGCCAUUCACCGUUCACUGCUUUCGCUGACGUAAAAAACAAGGCCUGGGCCCAAACGGCAUGCAGGGACGAGCAGCCGUUUCACCGGCCCCGACCUGUGAUGAAAUCUGUUCAUCUCUUUCCCCGUUUCAGUUUUUCAGUCAGCUGAAGCCUGUGAAUUAUGUGGGUGCAUUUCAGAGGAGAUAAGUCUCCCAACACCACAAACUUGUCAUAUCACUUGCCUAUCCUCAAUGAAAAAGCGAACCGUGUUUGAUUUGAAUACCUUGUUGUUUAUCAAAACAGUAAUCACUGUAAAAUAGCAUUCCAUAUUUGCACUGUUGUGUUUGUACUUGUAAUAUGCUUGAGUGCCAUGCUGCCCUUAACCGCCUGUCUUUUGGCCAAAGAUGUGGGCUGUGUUUUCAGUUUGUUUCCAUGUUUCUACUCGACAGGUCGUAUGUAACAGGUUCAUGGACUCUCACCAUUAGAAAUGUAAAAUAUUAUUUUGUAUUCAUUUGACAGUUUUACACUACUUUAAAUUAUUAAUUUGCACAUUAGGUACCAAUGUAAAUAGCAAAAGGAAAAAGAACAAAAAAGAUUAGUUUAUUGUUAAAAAAAAAAGAGCGGUGUUGUGUGUUUUUGUUUGUGGACUACAGAAUGUGACUCUACAGUGCAUUUGGGAGUUUACAAGCCAAGGGUCAAUUGUAACAUAGAAAAUUAUUUUUAUAUUCUUUUCACAGAAUUCCAUGAGGCAAUAUUUAGUGUUUUUUUAUUAUGGACACAUUUGCCACUUUGGUUGGUUCCUUUAAUUGCUGGGUUUGUGAGGAAAAGAACCUUCAGGAAAACUGAGCUUUAUGAAAGCUUAGAGUUUUCAGGUUUACUGUCUCAGUAUGAAUGCUGUUUAAGUUGCUGAUAGACCUUCAUACAAUACAUUUGCUUUUAUUAGCUCUUUUCCCUAUCCCUAUUUUUUCCCUUUCUGCAACUGCAACUGUACUAAACAUCAUGUAGCAGAUUAUAAAAGAAAUACUCAAGGUAGGAAUUCAGCUAUAUCUGUGAGCACCUCUGGAAAAAUGAGGCAUGUGGUCAAAAAUGUGAUCAUAGAACUUAAUCCGGACUGUGAUAGAUCAUUUAUUGAUAUCAAUUGAUUAUUCUUUUAAAACAUUAAGAGCCGCUUUGUAUAUUACACGGCAAAAUGUAAAAUUGAGUAACAGCCGCAAUCCACAGAAUUAAGGCUUCAGGUGUUUCAUAUUUUCAUCAGAAGUUAGAUUUACCUUAUCACACAUUAAAUAUGGCCUUUCACAUUCUUUCUUUAACAGGUCUUGUUAAGCGUACAUUUCAUGUAAGUUGGCUCACAAUACCAGCCCACGAUCCCCCUUUAAUUGGCCUGUUCUCUUGCAGAAUGUUCCCACGAACAGCAUUUCCCAAAGUGCAUUGGAUUUCGACUGAGUUCAGGACAGACAACUUCACAACCUUCCCCACUAUCCCAUGUCUUUUUUUUAUCAAUCAAAGACUGAAAAACCUAACCAAAGGGUGAAUGCCUUAACAUAAAAAAACUUUUCAAAACUAACUUUCUUUAUGACUCACUGACAUGAAAAGGAAUUUUAUUCUGAACAUUUUGGUACCAUACAUGGAAAUAUAAGGAACGUGGGAACCAACAAUGUAUCUUCUCACGGCUGUUGAUAUCUGGAAUUUGUCAUCUCAAAAAUGCCAUUUUUGAUCAGAACUAGCUGCACCUCAUUUUGCUGGAACUGGUCACAGUUAUAUAUAGAACUAAUUUAAUCCGCUGAGAUCCUCCAACAUGGAGCAGUAGUGGUGGUAUAUCACAUUAUGUACAACUGCAGAGUCACUAAACACACAGCUAAUUAACAUAAUUUCUACUGUACAUUAUAUACAGCACAGUGCCUGCAUUUCAAUGUUAAAAGCAGAUCAGGGUGGAAGUGCUUACUUUCUCUGAAGUGUUCCACAUGAAAACUGCACAACACUGACAAAACCACUACAUCAGCCUUCAUAAAUGCUUACACAAGCCAGUAUCAACUGGAAUACGAUGCUGUACAGUAUGACCCUAUCCAUAUCAUAAAUUCCAUCACUCCUAUAUUAUGUUUCCUUCUGAAAUGUUAAGGCUAUAUAAGUUUGCAUUCAUGUUUAUAAACACUUGUAUGCUGUGCUUAUUCAGGUGUUUUUUGGUUCUAAGGUGUUGUGUAUCUUUUAUGUUGGACCUGUUAUUGGUUGUGAUGACUGUAGGUCUUUGCAUUUUAUGAGGAACACCUCAGAGCUCUCCCAUGGGUCUCCUGUCCUCUCCAACAACUGGCUGCAUUUCACAUCAACCUUCAGGUCUUUGAGUCGCAAUAAAAUACCUUUGUACGAA